AGAUGGCAAAGAGCAUAUCCUCAACUUCACUCCAUUGUUUUAGCUCAUACUUAGCAGGAUCAUGUUAUAUCGAGUUUUAUUAUGAAGUAAACACUACCCGGAGGCACCGUACCAGAAGGCUUUUGUUUCCUUUUUUCUAUUUAUUUUCUGGCUCACUGCAGCCCGCCGAUUCAGCAAAUUUAGGCCUACUGUCUGUACCCCUGUCUUGUAUGUAAUGUAAUUUUGUUGAGCAGAUCGGAAUUACAUAGUACUCCUGCCAAUCUUUUGAUGAAAAAUGAGCAAAUAACUAACCACUUCUAUUUAUGUAUAUUUGUUUUGUCUCUGGUCAAAGAACGGCUCAUACAUGCCGUGACGUGAUCGAGUUAAAUUCACUUCUCAUGCAUGUGAUGUUUGUUUACUACUUGUCGGCGUUUCCCAAUUCAAUCGUUCAGCUGGGGAUAGUGUAUUUCUAGAGCAGUCUUUGUUUCACUCGUUUCACUGUUGCUUCACGUGCUCAUUUUUUAGUUGUGGAUAGAACCAACAUAAAUCAGAAACAUGAGUGAAGUGCCAUUUACUAAACAAAUGAGAAAAGUCACUAGAGAAAUACAUGCAGUUAGUGAUGCUAUGGUGAAUGCUAAGCUUGCGUUUGCACUUUCUGAUAAUGCUGUAUGGGCAGAAGGGUUGUUGGUGUUUUAUGAAAUAUUUCGAUAUUUGGAAGAGGCAAUGGCAAGGCUUAAAAACACCAAUGUUGGAAAACUUGAUGUGGAAGGAAUGAGACGAGCUGAUGCAUUUCAGGAAGAUUUAAAUUUUUAUCUUGGCAGUGAAUGGACAAAACAAUAUGAACCACGUGAAAGUGUAGUGAAGUAUCUUCUUCACUUGCAAAAGUGUGAGAAAUCAGAUCCAAAUCUCUUAAUGGCAUAUAUUUAUCAUCUUUACAUGGGCCUUCUCUCUGGAGGUCAGAUUUUAGCCAAGAAAAGGUCCUUGAAUAAGAAGUUAUUUCCUUUUUCAUCGCAGCAACCAUGUGGUAAUGCUGUAACUGAUUUUGGAGACAUACCCAUAUCAAAAAUUAAAAAAGAACUAGUUGAAGCUAUGAAUAAUGUUGCUAUAGAACUUGAUGAAGAAACAAAACAGAAAAUAUUGGAAGAAAGUAAAACAGUUUUCAUUUUAAAUAAUGAAAUGAUCAGAUCGAUAGAGGGAACUGGAAAAAUUUUAAUAAAGAAAUUAUUAAUGAUUAUAUUGUUAGGUGUUUUAAUUAUUGGCACUUACAUUAGCCUAUUUCAUUUAGAAAAGUAUCUUUGAUGUAUUUUAUGUAAAAUGAGUUUCUAUGUGAAUGAUAUUGAAGUAUUAAUGAACUAAGUUUUGUGUAUGGAUUUGUUGAGAGAAACAACUUCAUUUUUUUGAUUACUUUUUGUAAUAAUAUUCCCAUUUUUAGGAAUUUGAUUGUGGAGUAAUUUUCCUUUAAUGUUAUAAGUCACAUGUAAUUUUCCUUGAACAUGACCAUUUUGUGUCAUGACAUUGCCAUUUAUUCUUUUGGCCAGGGGCUUGGUUUUAUUAGUUUUUGGGGUUCCCGGUCUGUCAUCCAUCCUGGAACCCUUGGUGUCUCAAGCAAUUGAGCUCUCUAACAUUGUGGAGCUUUGUUAAGUGGUUCAUUACUGAUGCCAAGUUAGGAAUUUUGCUCAUCUUACAUGAAUUGAUGCUCUGUUAUUCAAUUAUAUACUUUGAAUUCAAUUCUAUACUUUGAUUGUUUUAAAGUGGCUGAUGGCAUUACAUUAUUGUUACACCUCCUGCCUGAUAAAAUGAAUCUUUGUAAUUAAUUCAUGAAUGUCUUUCUCAACAGGGCUCAUUGCCUCAGAAAUGUGCUUAAGACUUAAAAACUUCAUUUUAUAAGGAAAGAGGUGUAACAAUGGUCUCUACUGUCAUCACACUUUAAAAAAAUUGAAGAAAAGCUGAGGAAUGACUAUUGAAGUACAUAUCUUCCAAUAAAUUUGUUGUUUAGAGGCCACAGUUAAUAAUUUAGCUGUUGUAAUAGUAUAUUAGAUUUUUUGGAUAAAAAUUAUUUAUUUAUUGUGCAGAAAAUGGAUAUCGGCCUCAAUGGAGGAGAAGUGCAAUCUGUGCCCUUUUAUCUUGAACUCUGGAAUCCCUUCCCCACCUUUAACUCUAAAUUGUUGAAUGAUGAAUACAAGUACCAACUAGUGGUGCUAAAACAGCACGAAAUUUCUUGUACGUACUUUCACGCAAAAUUACGCGAAAAGUACUACUCAAAUUUUCGAAAAAUUGUAUAUGACCUUAUUUCAAAAUCUAUCCUUAAGGAAUAGAAUUCAUUAAGGUAGAAAAAAACUAUCUUUAAUAUUUUAGUUGUAAGAAGACUGCAAAAAAAUUCCGGAACUUUUGCAAUUU